UCGGGCCCCAGCAGGCAGGAUGCGGUCCACUUUGGCUCCGGGCAUCUGGUUCCUCCGCACCUUCUCCAGGGACAGCUGGUACCGAGGCUUCAUCCUGCUGCUCACCUUCUUAGUCUACACCUGCUACCACAUGUCCAGGAAGCCCAUCAGUGUUGUGAAGAGCCGUCUGCACCAGAACUGCUCAGGGAUGAUCCAGCCCCCCAAUGACACCCACAGUCCCAACGACACCACAUGGUGCAGCUGGUCUCCGUUUGACCAGGACAACUACAAGGAGUUGCUGGGGGCCGUGGACAAUGCCUUCCUUGUGGCCUAUGCCAUCGGCAUGUUUAUCAGUGGGAUUUUUGGGGAGCGGCUCCCCCUCCGUUACUACCUUUCAGCUGGAAUGCUGCUCAGUGGCCUUUUCACCUCGCUCUUUGGCCUGGGAUAUUUCUGGGACAUCCAUGUGCUCUGGUACUUUGUGCUUAUUCAGAUCUUUAAUGGACUCGUCCAGACCACGGGCUGGCCGUCGGUUGUGACCUGCGUUGGCAACUGGUUUGGGAAGGGGAGGCGGGGGUUCAUCAUGGGCAUCUGGAAUUCCCACACAUCUGUGGGCAACAUUCUGGGCUCCCUGAUCGCUGGCAUCUGGGUGAGCGGGCACUGGGGCCUGUCCUUCGUGGUACCAGGCAUCAUCACUGCUGCCAUGGGCGUCGUCACCUUCCUCUUUCUCAUUGAGUACCCAGAAGAUGUGGACUGCACCACCCCUCAGCACCACGAUGGGAUAGAAGAAAAGCAGAGCAACCCCGAGGACCCUGGGAAUGACCCCUACUGUCACCGGGACAGCAGCCUGGAGGCAGCUGCCGGAUGCUCCAAGGAGCCAAGCGCUCAGCCUGUUGCCAUCAGCUUUUGGGGGGCGCUCAUGAUCCCGGGCGUGAUCGAGUUCUCUCUGUGUCUGCUCUUUGCCAAGCUGGUCAGCUAUACCUUCCUCUACUGGCUGCCCCUCUACAUCUUCAACGUGGCUCACUUCAGUGCCAAGGAGGCCGGGGACCUGUCCACCCUCUUCGACGUUGGCGGCAUCACGGGCGGCAUCCUGGCGGGGCUCAUCUCUGACUACACCAAUGGCAGGGCCACCACCUGCUUCGUCAUGCUGAUCCUGGCGGCCCCCAUGCUGUUCCUGUACAACCGCUUUGGCCAGAACGGGAUUGCCACCUCCAUAGUGAUGCUGAUUGUCUGUGGGGCCCUGGUCAACGGUCCUUACGCGCUCAUCACCACUGCUGUCUCAGCUGACCUAGGGACUCACAAGAGCCUGAAGGGCAACGCAAAGGCACUGUCCACCGUCACGGCCAUCAUCGACGGCACUGGCUCCAUAGGUGCGGCUCUGGGGCCUCUGCUGGCUGGGCUCAUCUCCCCCACGGGCUGGAGCAACGUCUUCUACAUGCUCAUCUCUGCGGACGUCCUGGCCUGCUUGCUCCUCUGCCGGUUGGUGUACAAAGAGAUCCUGGCCUGGAAGUCAUCCCUGAGCCAAGACACGGGGUAUAAAGAGUUCUGAGGCCCCGAUUGGAAAAGAGGCCUCAGCUGGGUCCCAAAGUGUCCCCCAGCAAGACCACUGAAACUGACAGCUGAGGCAAAGCCUCUUGAACUGACGCCGCCAGCUGCGCGCAGGGACGCCCGGGCUGGGAGGCCUCCCUGGGAAGAGGACAGCCGGGUGGACGGGACGGGUCAGAGCUGAGCCGUGUCUCCAUCCUGCUGCGGGAAGUGUCUGCCAGGACUCCUGCCUGUCCAGGUUCCAGGCCGGAGGGCGGGGGCCCCACGGGGCCACGGCCGGACAGCACACCUCUCCGUUCUGUGUACGACCGAACAGCCAUAACCAGCUGGGACCUAGCGAUGGGAUGCUGACCCGGUUGCACCGCUGCUGCCACUCUUCAUCCUUUGUCCACAAGCCAUCUCAUCUCUGCUUGGACCUGCUUCCAACUCCUGAGCAUCCUUGCUGUACCCCGCAGGGCCAGGACGGGGGACAUCUCUCUCGGGCCUCCCCUGCCUCGCCCUGUCCCAGCCCUCUUGGUCCAGGAGGACACGUGUCAGGGCAGUGUUGUGGGGGUGGGGCGGGGCGUGGAGCCAGGACUGAGAAUAUCAGUGUGUUUUGAU